AUGUCGUUGAGUCGCCUUUCAUCGCCGAAAACUAUCGUUUUUGCCACAAGAGGUGCUGCUGUUGCCAGUUAGUUUUUCUUGAAUUUAGUUCCUGUUACAAGAAUCUAAUAAGAUAUUUUCAGCAUCUUCAACAUCUUCAAAUGUGGGUUAUUUCGAGAAAAUUGCCUAUCGAUUCAAAGGUAAACUUAUCACACAAUCUUUUAUUGAAAACACAUUUUCAUGAUUUCAGGAAUUCCACUCCCAGGAGAGACUGAAGCUCCAAAAUCAAUGUUCGACAGCUGUAACAAAGAAUGGUCUGCACCUGAAUUCUUGCCAGCUAUCCCAAAAGACUUCAAAGAGCAUCCAGAUAGAGAUUUGGUUUGUGAUUCAUUGUUAGUUACAUUGGUUUUUAUGAUAAUCGUGUUUUAGGUCAACUAUCCUUAUCCAGCGAGACCAAUGUAUCCACCAAAGACUCGUCUUUUGAUGAUGCCUGAUUCUUGGUUCACCGCUUUCAACAAAGUAACUGGAGUUUCAGGUAGAACUCAAAUUUAAUCAAUUCUUUUCUCUUUCCCUUUCCCUUUUUUAUUAGAUUGUAUUUUGAAGAAAAUAUAGACAAAACCUUUUGUUUUUAGGACCAUAUUUGUUCUAUGGAGGUCUCUUCACAUUUUUGCUCAACAAAGAAUUGUGGGUUUUCGAAGAACAAGGACACAUGACUGUUGGAUGGAUUUUGUUCUAUUUGCUCGUCUCCAGAACCGCUGGAUGUUAGUUAUAUAUGAAAUAAACUUCUAAUCAGUUUUCAAUUUUUAGAUAACAUCGACGCCGGCUUGUACAAGGACUAUCAAGCUCGUAUGGAUUAUUUCAAAGGGUUGAUCCAAGACGAUUUGAAAGAUGCUGUCCAAUUCAGAAAAGUGAUUAUACAUCGAUAUUUUUUGGAAAAUACAAAUUGAAACUAUUUUCAGACAUCUGCUGAAGAAACUGCUUCAUUGGCUGCAUUGAAAGAGAGCAUGCCAACAACUCUCAAAGAAACUAUGCAAUUGCAAUUGGAAGCCACAUACAGGUAGACAUUUCGUAGAAAUUCAAAUGAAAUUAGAAACAUUUUUAUUUCAGAAAGAAUGUGCAAACAAUCGCCAGCGAAUUGAAACGAAGAAUUGAUUAUUUGAAAGAAACCGAAGCAACGAAAUCCAGAUUCGAAAGAGAUCAAUUGUUGAAAUUGAUUAAUGACUCGGUAAGUACUCUAAAACUCAAAACACAAACAAUAGCUCAAAUAUUUUCAGGUUGAGAAACAAGUUUCGUCGAAGGACUUCAAAGACAAGUAUUUGUCGAAUGCCAUUCAACAAUUGAACAAAAUCACCGUCUAA